AUGAAGCUCUCUCUUGCAACUGCGCUGUUCGGCCUUCUGCCGAUGGCUAUGGCCAAAUCCAUCAUCGUCUACUAUCCUAAAGGCACUCCGUCGUCAGUCAUUGACGAUGGAAAGAACCAUAUCACUGAUGCUGGUGGCUCUAUCACUUAUGACUAUCCAUCGCUAAGGGGAUUCGCCGCGAAUGCUCCGGACAAUGCUGUCUCCAGUCUCGGCGACCAGUCUCCAAACCACAAGCCAUUUGUUGAAGACGACCAGGUCGUUACAGUCAACUAA